UGGUCAUUGUAUAUGCAUAUGCCUUAGUUUGUCUUUUCCCUUCCCUUUCCUGGGGACCAACCUCACCUUGGAUCUCAUCCUGUCCUUAUCUUCAAGUUUUCAACAAUGGAAGCAAGGAAAUUCCCUAGCUUUCUUCCACCUUGGCUACAAUGAGAAAUUUCAGGGAAGAUUCCACCAAAAUUUUAGAAAAAUUCCAACAUGUGCUGCUAGUAGUGUCUCAGAACCUCUGUUCUGAAUCUCUUUCAAUUUCAGAGUCUCUUCUCUAUUGAGUUUCAACCUUUACAACUCCUCUCACUCAUGUCUCUUCAUGGUAGGAAGGUUGUCAAAGAUUCUCCUCCAACUCUGCUCUUAAUUCUUUCUUGCCUACUAGUAAUCACAAUUAAUGGCUUCUGUUCAGCAGCUCCACUCUAUUCCUAUUGCCCAAAUCCAGCCCAAUAUGCACAGAACAGCACUUUUGAAUCUAAUCUUAAGCUACUUCUGUUGUCUCUUUCUUCAAACACUUCCAUAUCAGGAGGUUUUUAUAACACUUCAGUGGGCAAUGACACAAACCAAGUCUAUGGGCUUGCUCUCUGUAGAGGUGAUGUCAACAGCAGUGUUUGCCAGAAUUGUGUGGAGCAAGCAAGUGUAGAAAUCCUAUCUUCUUGUCCUCUAAAAGAAGAUGCGAUUAUCUGGUAUGAAAAUUGCCAAUUGCGAUAUUCGUAUCAGAGGUUCUUCUCUGUAAUGGUUUAUGCUGGAAAGUAUCCUCCCUGGAAUGAUCUACAGCCAAAUGUGUCGAACCCACAAAAGUUCUACCAGAUUUUGAAUGGUUUGUUGAAUGAAGUUAUUAGCCAGAUUGCUUCACAGAAUUCUGAUCCUAUGUUUUCCACUAGAAAUGCUACAGCCCCAGGAAUUGGCAUAGUAGUUGGUAUGGCUCAGUGUACUUGGGAUAUAUCUCGUAAUGACUGCGAAAAUUGCCUUCGAGAUGCCAUGGGAGACCUCAAAGGAUAUUAUUCUACCCGUCAAGGAGGAAUGAUUCUUGAUACAAGUUGUGAUUUGAUGUUUCAAGUUUCAUCUACAACUGGAGGGAGCAGAAGGAUUGUUAUAAUUGUAAUUAGUGUAAUAGUACCUGUACUAGUUCUUCUUGCUGGUUCCUGUGCCUACUACCUUUGGAGAAGGAAGAGAAGAAAAGGAGUUUUUGCAGAUGAGAAAAUGAAAGAGACGACGACACCACAACAGAAUCAAAUCGAUUUAUCGGAGUUGCCCUUGAUUGAUUUUGAUACUAUAAAAAUUUCCACUAACAAUUUUUCAGAUACAAACAAGCUUGGACAGGGUGGGUUUGGAACUGUUUAUAAGGGCAUAUUACCAGAUGGAAAGGAAAUAGCAGUUAAAAGACUUUCAAGGAGGUCAUGGCAAGGUUUAGAGGAGUUCAAGAAUGAAGUUAUACUAAUUGCAAAGCUUCAACACCGGAACCUUGUGAGGCUCCUAGGUUGUGGUCUAGAAGGAGAGGAAAAGCUGCUCAUCUAUGAGUUCAUGCCCAACAUCAGCCUUGAUUUUUUUAUCUUUGAUCCUAUUAAGAGCUCACAACUUGAUUGGAGAACAAGAUAUAACAUUGUCGAUGGAAUUGCUCGUGGGCUUGUGUAUCUCCAUGAGGACUCGCGGUUCAAGAUCAUUCACAGAGAUCUCAAACCUAGCAAUGUUUUGCUGGAUAAAGAGAUGACUGCAAAGAUUUCAGACUUUGGCAUGGCAAGGAUCUUUUGCGAAGAUCAAAUCAUCGCUAACACUAGACGAGUUGUUGGAACCUUUGGAUAUAUGUCUCCAGAAUAUGCAAUGGAGGGGAUAUUUUCUGUGAAGUCUGAUGUUUUCAGCUUUGGUGUAAUCUUGCUUGAGAUCAUAAGUGGGAAGAGAAACAGCAGCUACCUUAAGGAGCAUGGUCAAACCCUCUUAGCAUAUGUAUGGAGACUAUGGAAUGAAGGCAAAGCCGCGGAUUUCAUAGACCCAUUGUUGAUCACCUACUCAAGAACAGAAGUAUUAAAUUGCAUCAAGAUUGGGCUUUUGUGUGUUCAACGAGACGCCGAAGAUAGACCCACCAUGUCAGAUGUCAUCGUUAUGCUAGAAAGCGAUUGGGGAGAUCUUCCCUUGCCUACAGAACCCGCAUUUGCUCUGGGAAGAGUCAUUACCCAAACUGAUCAAUCUUCCACUGUCAUUUGUUCUGUAAAUGCAAUUAAUAUUUCUGAUGUCACAGUUCGGUGAGAGUAAGGGUGGAGUGUCUGUUUCUACUUUCCUAUGGGGUGGAGGCUUCAAUAUUGAUGCCAAGAAUCCUCUUGUGAAUAUAGCUAAAAUGUUUAAUUCCAGGGGCUUCAGAUGUAGUAGAGUAGAGAAGGCUCUAUGAUUGAAGUGCCCACAGAUCCUGCACAUUGAACAUAUAUGAUUGUGUUUGAGAUCUUUUGUAUUCGAUUCGGAUUACUUAUUUGUCAUACCAAGUUUCAGAUCAGAUGUUCCAGUCAAAUUGUAAAUAGAAAAAAGAAAUGUAAGUUUGAACAGUUAUAGUUGUAAUGAAUGGUCACCAGAGUAAACUUGUGAGUCCCUUUCUUGCUCUGAAUUUGGAGCCAUAUUGUGUUCAUAAUUAAGAAUCUGGAUUUCAAUGUUGCAA